AUGGGAGGAUUGGAAGUUGGAUCUAUCCUCGAGGGUGUCAAAGGCAUCUUUGAGUACAACAGGCAGAACUUUAUGUUCAAUAGGAAGAUCAAUCAGAAGAGGGUGUAUCAUACGCAGAAGGCUCGUUUUGACCAAGUUAGAUUGUACCGUGAAGAUAUCCGUGAUUUAUUCGACCUUACUAUCUCUAAAAUGGACAACUAUCUUAUUGUGAAUACGCUCAUGCUGGCAUUCACUGGUGGCUUCUUCUACGAAGGACGAGUUCCUCAAGGUACCCCCGGAUGGUUGGUUUGGUUAUAUAUUCUCUCCCUCGGCACGGCUGUAUUAUUCCUCAUGCUCUCCAUCAUCUUCGCCAUUCACGCCUCCAUCACAGCGCAAACGUUUGCUGUGCGUCUUCUUACGCAAUGGCUGCGUUUGCCCGUGCCUGGUCGCGAGAACAUCAAUGCUACUACCGGUAUAGGCGCGGUUGAAUACGAGCGUGGUGGGGUCGCGGAAAUGCUUCGUAUCCCUAUAGUUGGUCGAGUGCCUGGGAUAAAGGAAGUUGGUCGCGAAGUUCGAAGACAAGGAGGAGGGAAAUUGGAAGAUGCUCUUAAGGAGCAAGAGAUAGAUAUGAGUAACGCAUAUGUCCGUGAUGAGCUUGUUGGCGACUACAACCUCUUCCUGGAGCAUUUCUAUCUCUUUUAUCAACUACAGCAACACUGGCAGGGCUUUGACGCUUACACACGGGUGUGCAUGGUUAUUGGCACUAAUCAGCUGUUGCAUGCUAUCACGUAUAUGGGUUUAGCUUACUUCAUGGUUAACUCUCAUCUUUGGGGUGUCUGGUCGUUUGUUCUCAUACUGGAUGCUUUCUCGAUGGUACACAUCCAUAUGAACAUUUAUACCAACACUUGGGAGUGGUGUGGUAUGAUGUUCCUGUGCUCGCUACCCACCGUUAUGGCCGCCAUUGGCGCGACGGUGCAAAUAUUCGACAAUUCGACUCACGUUGCCGAAUGGUUAUUCGUGUUCAUCUGCUUACUCAUGUUCUUCUGGAUUGGUUUCUUGGGCGUGAUGGGUUUGGAAACUGACGGGGGAGUGCCUACAAGGUAUACGGCUGUCACCAGUAUAGAUAUCUUGGGGCUUGAUGAGAAAGUUCAAGAGGGGGAGGAAGAGAUGCAUAAACAGGAUAAGGAGGAGACGCCGGUGGCUAAGGCGGUGCCUGCAGCACCUGUUAUUAGACAAGCGCAUACAUUCCGGAAGACUAAGGAAGAGCUGAAGAAAAGUGGAAUUGAUACAUCUCAUUAUAGUACAGCGAAAAGUGCAUCGGAGCAUGCGAGAGAUGCGGUUGAUGCGUGCGAGAGGUUGGAAAAGGUCUGCAGAAACACGGAGGAGUCGCUGCAGAAGUUGUUGGUCGAGUGGGAGAUGUCUACAAAGUGCUCGUUCACUGCAGCUCAGGAGAAAAGGCUGAAACAGUUGCGUACAGCUUUCAAUGCCGAUCGAAAGGAGCUCGCGAGACUGAUCGGUGAGCGCAAGAAACUUGUCAAUGGAGCCAGCGACGAGGUGCGACCACCGAAAAGCCGCUAUGAUGAUGCAGAGGGAGACGAGUCACCAGGCCAUUGGGUUCGCCUGGAAUUUACUGAUGAUGAAACUAAUAAGAAGAAACCGUAUUUCCUCAACGUUCAUACGAGCGAGAUUAGUUAUACCGUACCGAAGGAUCUGUCGCCGGACCAGAUAAAGGCUGAGGAUGGACCUGAUGCAGUAGCCGUGGUAUUGCAAGGGUUCGAGGAGCAGGUGAAGUCGCUGCAGACUUUCCUAUGGGACGCUAAGUCCAGCGUGGAGGAAGCUGCUGGGGAUAAGAACGAAUCGGAAAUGAGUAAGAAGUUGUUGUAUGAGAAAAGUCGAGAGGAAGGGUUGGUUGUUGAUGAUGACGCUGCUGCUGAGAAAGUUCGCGGAGAUAAAAUAUCGCGGAUGCGUUCGGGGACUCCAUCAGAAUGGAUGAAGGAUGCUGAGAGGCAGAAGCAAGAGGAGGCUAAGAAGGUUGCGAAGUCACUACAGAGUCCGGAGUUUAUUGAUGGUGAGGAGAAAGAGGUCCCGGGUUCGAACCGCGGUGAAGCACCAGAGACGUAUAAGGCAUCUCUCAAGACUCAGACGCUCCCUUGGCACAGCUUCAACCAGGCUUGCAUUGCUGUCUGCUUUUGCUGGCUCUUCGGAUUGGCGUAUGGUAUUGCUGUUUUAACAGGAUAUCGAUGGGGUUGGCCCGAUUCGAACCCGUUUGGUAACGGUGAGUUCACUCGAAGAUUAUCAGCAGCAUUUUUCCCGACCACUGAGUCGGACAGCAGCUCGUCGUUGUUACCGCCGUUUUACCGACCUACCGGGGUUAGUAAUGUCCCUGAUCUCGGCUUGGUCUUCACUAGCAAUGAGGGUGGUAUUUUCUCUCCUGAACUCGGUGGCAAUGUGCCUUGUGAGAUUCCUUUUGGAGAGCGAGCGGUUGAUGUAGCUGUUAGUCCGUCGAACACAACCUUUGCUGUGUUGUCGGAUGGUGCUCUGAGGAGAUGCCAGGGAGCGGCUGAGAUGAGCGUCCGUAUGAACACCGGUAGUGCUGUUGCUAAGGCGGAGUUCUUGGCUGAUGACGAGGCGGUAGUCGUUACGAGAGAACACCCUCAGUGGAUACAAGUGGUGAAAUACGAUGGUGCAUCGUUGGUGGUUGAGAAGGUGCUGAGGGCGCCAGGGGAGGUGGUUGGUUUGGCACGCAAGAGUUCGAGCGUUGACAAGUUGUAUGUGUUGUGGCAACAGACCUCUACUGAAGAGCAUCCGGAUUAUGCGGCUGGAAGAAUUGAUCUUCAUACCGGUACUCUCGAGGCGCGCGCUAGCGUUCAUGGGGACUUUGAUGCCUCGGUUGAGUGGGUUGGCAUUUCGGAAGCCAGCAAUGGGCAAAUCGCCGUAGUUGGCAUUUCGUUGAAGGACCAGAGUCCUGUCGUAGCCCCUCUACGGAAGCUUCGACCGGUCGUGAGCAACAUCGGGAGGGGACGUGAUGCUGAGACGAUGUGA